AUGCGAUUUAGUACCGAUUCAACAUUGUCAGCGAUGCCAUUAGUAUCACAUGAAGACAUUUCAGAAACUGAACCCAUCUUGCCCAAGUCUGAUAUUUCACCACAGGUCGAUGGAUCAUCAUCUUCACGUGAGAUCACUACAUUAGAACGAGACUGUGAUGAGUUACAAAGUGUGAUCAUAGAUGAAACUUGCCGUCUGGUCAACCCGGACCAGCCACAAUGCCGUAUAUGCCUUGAUUAUGAAGGUGACGACUUAAUAGCACCAUGUCAUUGCAAAGGCACUCAAAAGUAUGUUCAUAGAUCUUGUCUUGAUAAUUGGAGGUCCACUAAGGAGGGCUUUGCUUUCGCCCACUGUUCUGAGUGCCGGGCGUUAUUUGUACUGCGUGCAAACGUUCCUCCUGACCGCUGGUGGUUGAGAUUAAAAUUUCAGUUCCUUGUUGCUCGGGACCAUGCGUUCAUCUUUAUUGUUGUUCAGCUGAUUGUUGCUUUUCUGGGGGUACUGGUGUACAAGUUUUAUGGGGAAGAGCUCAGAGAAAUGUUUGGAUACGAAGAGCAUCCUUAUGGAUUUUAUACGAUGGCCGUUUUGGCUAUUGUCCUGGUGGGCUUGCUCUAUGGUUUCUUCAUUGCCAUAAUAUGUGGUCAAAGGAUCAAUGAGCGUCAUUACCAUGUUCUUGCCAAACAGGAGCUGACAAAGGAGUAUGUGGUGGAAGACCGAGAGGCUAGCAAGAAUGUGCCUGAACUUGAUCCCAGCCACAUUACAGAACUAAGGAUGUUAGGCCUCUUCUAG